AUUCCAGCAGAGGGCGCUCAACAUUUCAAAGAUGGACGAUAAAUCUAGGAAAACAAAUCAUUUUGUCAUUUGAUCUCAUAGAUCUAAAACGUUAAAUUAAAACAAUUUAUACGAGUGUUUUGCCAAAGUGAAAGUUGGAGUACGUUCUUCAAAGUUUAUUUGUUUUUGGUUCGAAUUUAUAUAAGUAUGUCUGAAGCACGGGAAGUAAAAUUGACUUUAUCCCAGUUAUUUAUGUGGUUGCAAGGCCGGCAGAGAUCUUUGGUUGAGGGAGAGGCAGUUUUUGAUGCUGGUCACAUAAUAUUUUGCAAACUAAAAAAGCAAGAUGCCCUGGAAGUGGUUGCAUUAUGUGUGCAAACAUCCAGCAUAAACACUCUGCCUCAUGAAAUAUCGAUAAAAAUUCCGUGUGAAGAAGAUUUAACAACAUGGAGCUGUAAGUGUUCAUGCAAGGCUGGUGAAUCCGGAUGCUGUAAACAUGUGGUGGCAACUUUAAUUUACAUAAAUCGGUAAAUACUUAUUAUUAUUGAUCAUAGGUAUUGAAUUAUUGAUUGUAUAUUAAUAUUAUAUAUUUAUACAGGAAGAGCAAAUUCUGUAGCCCAACUGAACUGGAGCAAGCUUGGGGCGUUAAUAAGCCCCUGAUAAAAGAAACUUAUCAAGGGGAGAGACUGGUCGACUUUGUACGGAAGAAACAGUAUUCUCCAAAUAUCUCCAAUCUUGAUACCAGUAGAAAGAACUUUAAGCUUUUGAGUGAAUAUUGCAAAUCUAAUUCCCCACUGCAUCAAAUUAAAAAUAGCAAAAGGAAGGAUGACUUUUUCAGCUACGACAUAAUAAAAAACAAUUUAAUGUGCAGCCAAUCAAUAGUCAGGGGUAAAGAUGUCGAUUGCAAUAGUAACUUUUAUUUAAGUAAGGUUGUAUUAAAUAUUGAAGAGGCCGAAGAAUUAUACUUUGCCACUUUAAGCCAAAGUGGUAGCAAAUGGUUAGAUGAAAGAAGAUGUAGAAUAACAGGAUCUAUUUGCUACCAGAUAUACACAUAUGCUUUCAAUAGUAAUCCUAACUGGGAACAAAAAGUAAAAUCCAUAUUUUAUUCCACAUUUAGGGGAAAUGCAAAUACAAGGUAUGGAACAGAGCAGGAAGUGAAUGCCUUAAAGUUAUAUAAUGAGGUCCAUGAUUGUGCAGCAAAAAAGGGAGGCUUCAUUGUUAACCCUCAAGUACCAUGGGUCGGAUUCAGUCCUGAUGCCUUGUUAGACGAAGAUAACAAAGUAACACGUCUAAUAGAGAUCAAAUGCCCCAUAUUGGGAAAAUCAAAAUCAGUACUAAGUAUUGUAAGACAAUUAAGUUAUAUAAAAAUUAUCAAUGGUCAAUUACAAUUAAAUAAAAAACAUCAAUAUUAUGCGCAGGUACAAUUGGGAAUGGGCAUUUUAGGAAUAAAAGAUUGCGAUUUAUUUAUUUAUUGUUCCUAUGACAAAUCAUUUUUUACCUUACCAAUAAAGUUUGAUGAAGAAUUUGUCACAAAAAUGUUAACAAUUUUAAAAGAGGUUUAUUUUGAAAAAAUUGUGAAAUACUUGGAAAUACAUAAUCAUUGAUAUUAAAAGUUGUUUUUG